AGCGUCUGUGCCUCUUGCUGAAGAACAUACUGUGAGCUGGAAAGCAGCCAAUCACAGUUCAGAGCCCCAGAGGCGAGCGCCAUCAUUGUCGUCAUCGCCAGUAUGUUUUCCUCCGAGCUGGCCUCCAUCCGCCGGAUGGGCAUCCGCGCCUUUCUGAUCCAGACGCUCAACUUCAUCACCGUCAUCUCGUCCGCCUUGGCGAUGUGGAAAGGGCUCUCGGUCUUGACGGAUACCGAGUCGCCCGUCGUCGUCGUCCUCAGCGGGAGCAUGGAGCCGGCUUUCUACAGGGGAGAUCUGCUCUUCCUUAGCAAGCCCACGCAGCCUUUCAGAGUGGGUGACAUCACAGUGUACAAGAUCCCGGGCGGAGAUAUCCCCAUCGUGCAUCGAGUGUUGGAAGUGCACGACUUGCCACACUCUGAUGAACAACUUUUGUUAACGAAAGGCGACAACAACGACCAAGACGACUUGGCCCUUUACAAUGGGCCACGAUGGAUGCAGCGCAAAAACAUCGUUGGCAAAGUCAGAGGGUACAUACCAUACGCAGGCUACGUCACAAUCAUGCUAAACGACUUUCCAAAGCUCAAAUACGCGCUACUCGGUUUACUCGGCUUGUCUCUUCUAUUCCAAAAGGAGUGAAUUUGCAUGUUCAAAGGAGGAACACGGGUUCGGUUGGCGUACAUGCGGAGGAUUGCGGUGAACUACGUCUGGGUGCUGCAGUUACGAUAUGCCACAGAGCAGCACGGGACUCGCACGGGCGCCUCUGGGUCUCUCAUGAUAUAUUGUGAAUGAAGAUACAUGGGCAUUCGCUUCUG